UCAAAGCAAUUCAAAGCAGACUCACGCAGAUAACAGCAGACCCUCAAUCCAAAAACAGUACAAGAUACAAUAUGAGCAUACCCACUUAGAAACAAACGAUGAAUGGAUACAAACUAGUACUACUGGGCGACGCGCAGGUGGGAAAGACGUCGUUGAUGAGCCGCCUUCUAUAUGGAAUGUACCAGGAGGAGUAUGAGCCAACAGAUGGCGUGCAGGUGACCUCGUUCGCCAUUCAAACCGACCACGGAAAUAUCCGCUUCAAGGUAUGGGACACCGCUGGCCAGGCGGAGUUGUGCGGUCUGCGCGAUGGCUACUACAUCGGGGCACAGUGCGCCCUCAUUAUGCUCGACGUGACCUCGCCCGCUUCCUAUCAGAGCUGGCACCGCGACUUGGUGCGCGUCUGCAACAAGAUCCCGGUGGUGAUCUGCGGCAACAAGAACGAGCUAAUGACGGAGCGCACGGAGAAGAACCUACAGGUAUCCUUUGGGCGGAAGAACCUUGCCUACUACGGCAUUUCGGUCAAGUUAAAAACCAACCUGGAGAAGCCAUUCCUGUAUCUGGCGCGUCAGCUAACCGGCGAUCCCAAGCUGGAGCUUCUUAGGCCCCCAAAACCACCCACUUUAAUAACAUUUUCAAAGGAGACACCUCCGGACGAAGAACACGAGUGA